AUGGCUGCUCCUUCCGCCACCGAAGUCAAAUUCAAGCUCAACGACGGCCACCUGAUCCCCGCCUUGGGCUUGGGAACCGUUCCAUCGGACGAUCCGUCAAACACAAAGCUCGAGGUGCUUACUGCCAUCAAGGCUGGAUUCCGCCAUAUCGACACCGCCUGGUACUACGGAACAGAAAAGUACGUGGGCGAGGCGCUCAAGGAGUUGUUUGACGAGGGCGUCGUCAAGAGAGAGGAGAUCUUCGUCACCACCAAGGUGUGGCCCUCUUUCUGGCACAACCCGGAAAAGUCCUUGAACACAUCCUUGGAGACCUUGGGUCUUGACUAUGUGGAUCUUCUUUUGCAGCACUGGCCAAUUGCCCUCCACGGUGACGCCAAGGGUCUUCCUGCCGUGCCUACGGACGAUGACGGAAACUUGAAGUACGACGAUGAUCCAGUCAAGGGUACCAAGUUCAUCGGCGUUUACAAGGAGCUCGAGAGACUCAAGAACACCACCGACAAGGUGCGUUCGAUCGGUGUUUCCAACUACAACAUUGACCGUUUGGAGUGGCUUCUCAAGGAGGUCGAGACCGUGCCAGUGCUCAACCAGAUCGAGUUGCACCCACAGUUGCCACAGCAGGAUCUCGUGGAGUGGGCUGAAAAGCACAAGAUUUUGAUCGAGGCGUACUCGCCCGUGGGAGCUGACGGUGCCCCCGUUUUGCAGCUUCCUUUGGUCAAGAAGCUUGCGGAGAAGUACGACGUUACCACCAACGAGAUUGCCAAUGCUUACCAUAUUUUGGAGGGAAGAAUCACCUUGCCUAGAACGUCCAACUUGGAGAGAAUCAAGAACCUCACCAGGUUGCCGCAAUUGACCCAGGAGGAGUUGGAAAAGCUCCACCAGAUCGGCGAGAAGGCGCCCAAGCGUUAUAGAAACGAUCCGUUCGGCCACGGUCUUGGUUUCAAGUACUGGGAGGGCGACAGAUUUCCUCCCAAGAACUGA